AAACAAUUUUAAGUUUCAACACCACCAUCUACUUCGCAUUCAAUGAUAUCAUUUUUGAAAGUAAACAUUGCAUUCCACUGCUAAAACGAAGAAAUAUAUAUAUAUGUGUGUACAACAGAAAUCUUUUUUGACGCAAUUUACAUGUGUUGUCGUUCAAAAAUAAAUCAGUGUCAAUUAGUCAUUCACAUAGAUUAAGAUAGAAAUUUUGGAUAAUUGGACUAAAUGUCUGGUUCUUGUUAUGCUUGUUCCAAAAGAUACGGAUUUUUUACCAAAGAGGUAGGAUGUCCGAAUUGUGGAUUUUCCUUUUGUACAAAAUGCCUGAAGAAGACGAUCGCCGUGCCGAAAUGCAAUAACGAGGAGCGAAAAGUAUGUUUAUCAUGUUUUGAAAAGUUGUCGAUCCAAAAAUCGGUGCAGGCUUCGUUGGAACAGCAACAGCAAAACAGUCCAUUGAAAGUGGCACCAAGCAGUUCGCUGUUAGACGCACCGUUUCCGGAUGAAGAUAAACUCCCCGAUAUCGAUGAUGAGAUCAAAAAGCGAUUGGAAGUGGUGAAACAGCCAACAAAUGAUUUGGAUAAAGAUUUUUCGGAUCGUGGCAUGGCCGAACGUUUGGCCAAUAUAAAAGGAGUACCACACAAAGAAUACGAUCACAGUGCAAUGUUGAAUGCCGUCGACAAACGUACGGAUAAUGAAAAGGCGAAUGAAUUAGUAGCGCAAUUUAUGCAAGAAGUGAGCCUAGACGACGCAGUCAAUGAUAGUUAUGAGGAUCCGAUAAAAAGUAUUGAACGUCGUUUGGCUGCACUGAAAGGAUCGCCAACAGAGCAAACGAGUCAAGCGGCUGGUUCGUCAGAACAACCACAUGAAGAUGAAGAAAUGUUAGCAAAGAAACUCGUUACCAAAUACCUAGACGAAGCCGCGCUACCCGAUUCCGAACUAACACCCGAAGAAAAAGAAUUCGUAAACAGCGUCAAGCCUGGAGAAAAUACUGAAGAGUUGCCAUGGUGUACGGUUUGCAACGAAGAUGCAACAAUUCGUUGCAUCGGCUGUGAUGGUGAUCUGUUUUGCAAGGGAUGCUUCAACGAAAUUCACGAUGAUGAUGAGUAUCGAGCGCAUCGUACCAAAAAAUUUAUUCCAAAAGAAACCCAACCGCAAUAACUGUUUUUCGAUAAAAUUGAUUUAUUUUUCGUUUGGUUUAUUUUUUUUUUUGUAUCUUGAAUUUCAAAGGUUUUAACUAACGUAGUUAGAUUGUUAAUUGAUGCUUAAAAAAAUAAAUAAUAAAGAGAGAGAGAGAGAGAAAAAAAAGAUAUCAUGUAACGAUGUAACGAGAGAGUUAUUUGUUAAAAUUGAUAUUGCUCUUUGUAAUAAUGUAUGUAGUAAUGUUGUUUUCUUUGUUAGAAGACGGAUGCAUACGCCUUUUUGGUGAAUAUGCGCAAGAACGCGCGCGCUUUAUAUUUCUUUGUUAAUUUUUUUUGUUUUCUCAACUAAACUAUGAUCUAGUUAGUUGGUUUUAUUUUUAAAUUCAAAAAUAUGGCAUUCCUAUAUAGCCCCUGUGUGUUGUGUGAUCACACCAGGUUUUGCGAAUAGUACAGAGGCACAAACUGUAUUUUUCAUGUUCAUUUUCGUGUUGAAUUUAUGCUCGAAAAAUGAUAACAACGUUGCACUAAGUCGAGUAAAUGCACUAAAUUAGCUAACAAAAUCAUCAAUCAAAACUUAACCUGCAGAUGGCUUUGAGUCUAUGCUGAAUCUUUGUUUUUUUUUCUCUAUAUCUUAUUUAAAACUGUGUUCAAUUGUUACAUAUAUAUAUAUAUAUAUGUUUUAUUUAUACUUCUUUGUGUUGCGAGUUGUGUUAGUUUGUUUCAGUUUCUAGUUUUAUCACAUAUGUUUCCAAUACAAUUCGUUGGAAUACCAUUCUGGUUUGGUAACGACGGGCAGUAAAUAAAUCCAGCCAAUUAAGCCGAUAACAUAGCAACUUAAAA